UGCUCUGCCAGGCCUCUUAAGAACUCACAGGAAAAGAGCAUUUGCAGCGCACUCCGCCGAACAGCAUCCAUCUGCCGCAUCCCCACUUACAGAGAGGGAGGUUAACGCGCAAUUCGCUAAGGCUAUGGCGAACAGAAUAACUCGAGCCCUUCUUGUUGCCUGCACCACCAUCGCCUCAUCUCCUUCAUCCUUCUCCCCCAACCCAUCGUUUCUAAAUCAUCAUUUUCGUUGCAAACCACUGACCAUUUUCUAUAUCAACGCCUGCAACAACAGAUUGUUCGCCUACUCCUCAUCUUCAGAAGCUAACAAGAUCAACACCAAAGUCAAUUUCUCAAUCUCACACUCCGAUGAAGACGAAGAAGACGAUUUUCGGGUUGGGUCCGUAAAAGAAGUGGGCAAAACCAAAAAUCUCCCACCGCCGUAUGAUCCCUUCAGCAAGAAGCCGGUUGUGGAAGAGGCGGAAGACCCAAAGAAUUUGCAGGAAAUCUUCCAUAAGAUGAGGACAGAUGGUUUUUUAAACAAUGCCGCCAAGAUGUUCGACGAAAUGUCUAAGGAUGGUUUAACCCACGAGGCUCUGCAGCUCUUCUCUGAAAUUAAGGACAAAGGUCACAUGCCUGAUGUUGUCGCCCACACAGCCGUCAUAGAAGCCUACGUGAACGCGGGUCAGAGCAAGGAAGCUCACAAGGUGUACCUGCGAAUGCUUGCCUCUGGAGUGACCCCAAAUGCCUAUACUUACACUGUUCUAAUCAAAGGGCUUGCUGCGGAUCCCAAGUUCGUGGGGGAUGCGAAGAAGUUCUUGCUGGAAAUGAUGGGCAGGGGAUUGCGACCCAAUGCUGGGACCUAUACUGCCGUCUUUGAGGCUCUUGUGAGGGAUGCCAAAGUGGAUGAAGCAAGAGAGUUGUUGGUGCAAAUGGAGGCUAAGGGGUUUGUGGCUAAUGAGAAGGAUGUGAAGGAGAUUCUCCAUACCAAAAGGGGAAGGGGACCCUUGUUUAGGACCCUCAUCAACAUUCUCUUCAACAAGUAGUCGCAGAAAUUCCUUUACUUUGAUCUUCACGAUAACUAGAGAUAUCUAUGCAAUCUAUAAUGGUAUUUAUUACUUAUCUUCAUACCUUUCUUUUUUAUUUUUGUGAUUGCCUAUUCAUAACUUGCAACUUAUAGUUCUAUUGGACUGUUUCUUGAUGAUUGUUGUCGUUGUGAUUGGGUUGACAUUUAACAAGACGAUCUUCACCCUUA